UUCAUUUUUUGCAUUCCUGCUGCAAUUGGUUUAAUGCGGAGUUACGGACGGGGAGUUAAACCCAAGCAGUUGCCCCCUCAGUCCCGAGUCCAGGCUGUGAGCGAGCGGACGCAUCCCACCCCGGGUCACAUCGCUUCACUCCACACUUUGCUGCAGGGCAGGAACAUGCUCCCACUACGAAUCCUGGCGCUGCUCUCCCUCAGCCUGCACCUUCCACAUUUCGGCUCCGCUCAGCAGCAGUGUAACAACGGCUUUGAAAUGGACCGCUCCACCGGGCAGUGCUUAGACGUGGAUGAGUGCCGCACCAUCGCCGACCCCUGCCGGGGGGAUAUGAUGUGCGUCAACCAGAACGGGGGCUACCUCUGCAUCCCCAGGACCAACAGCAUGUUCCGAACGACAUACCGCAACACCUUCCUGCCCGCCGUGGCGCCACUUCCUGCGCCCAACUUCCCUUCGCCGUCCCGGCCUCUUAUCUGUCGCUUCGGGUAUCAGUUAGAUGAGAACAGUCAGUGCGCCGAUGUCGAUGAAUGCGCCAGCGAAACCCACCAUUGCAACCCCACCCAGAUCUGUAUAAACACGGAGGGGGGCUACACGUGUUCCUGCACCGAGGGCUACUGGCUGCUGGAAGGGCAGUGUUUAGACAUCGACGAGUGCCGCUUCGGGUACUGCCAGCAGCUGUGCGCCAACGUCCCGGGCUCCUAUUCCUGCACGUGCAACCCGGGCUUCAUCCUGAACGAAGACGGGAGGUCCUGCCAAGAUGUGGACGAGUGCGUCACGGAAAACCCCUGCGUGCAGAGCUGCCUCAACACCUACGGCUCCUACCUGUGCCGCUGCGAACCCGGCUACGAGCUGGAGGAGGACGGGGUUAACUGCAGCGAUAUGGAUGAGUGCAGCGUGUCGGAAUUCCUGUGUCAGCACGAGUGCGUCAACCAGCCGGGGUCGUACUACUGCAGCUGCCCGUCGGGCUACGUGCUUCUCGAUGACAGCCGGAGCUGCCAGGAUAUCGACGAAUGCGAUACGAGGAACAACACGUGCAGCGCGCAGCAGACCUGCUUUAACAUUCCCGGCGCCUACAAAUGCAUCGACGCGGUGAGAUGCGAGGAUCCGUACAUUAAGAUCAAUGAAAACCGCUGCAUGUGUCAGGUGGAGAACCCGGCCUGCCGAGACCAGCCGUUCACCAUCGUCCACCGGCACAUGGACCUCGUCUCCAGCCGCACCGUGCCCACCGACGUCUUCCAGAUGCAGGCGACCACCCGCUACCCCGGGGCCUACUACAUCUUCCAGAUCAAGUCGGGCAACGAGGGCAGAGAGUUCUACAUGAGGCAAACGGGUCCCAUCAGCGCCACGUUGGUGAUGACGCGGCCCAUCAAGGGCCCGCGGGACAUCGUGCUGGACCUGGAGAUGGUGACGGUGAACACCGUGGUGAACUUCCGCGGCAGCUCCGUCAUCCGGCUGAGCGUCUUCGUGUCGCCGUACUCCUUCUGAGCGCGCCGGUCGCUGCGCCGGGUUCCAUUCACGACGUCGCCGUUAACUCUUUGAAAACCAGUAAGCUCCAGCCCAUGGCAAAGCCUUCUUACCACUUGGCACCUAAGUAGUUAAAUAAGAGCCGACAGAACUGUUACGCAAUCUGAACCCCUUCCAUAGCAAAGCAUAAGAAAGACUACAAUGCCCAUCAUCCCCAGCUAACACGCAAGGGUCUGGAUCACAGCGUCGCUCUUAUCAAAGGGCUGUAUAAACGGCGCUACAAAGUGACAAGCGCCCCCCUUUGUCCUGGUUGCCGGUGGCAGGUAGUCAUGGUUACCGCCCCUUUCAUUGAAAUGUCUAUUUUAUUUUUUUUGCAUUUCUUUGUUUCUUGUUAAUUCUCCGGGAUCUGCGUAUUUUCUUUUUCUGUAGCCCGUGGCGGCUGUCGCAUCGGGAAAGGAAUAUUGUAAUUUAAACGAUAUACUUCUUAAAGGUUUUGUUUAUUUUGUUAAAAACAAAAUUCAUGUUUUAAAUGUUUUUUUUUUUAUUGCUGAACUUUAUUAA